AUGGCAUCACAGAUUCCGAAGAUCAAGGUCAAGAACCCCGUCGUCGAGCUUGAUGGCGACGAGAUGACCCGGAUCAUCUGGCAGGACAUCAAGGACAAAUUCAUUCACCCAUACCUGGACAUCGAUCUCAAGUACUACGAUCUUGGCUUGGAGAAGCGUGAUGAGACAAAUGACCAGAUCACAACGGAUGCUGCGGAGGCGAUCAAGAAGUACAGCGUGGGUGUGAAGUGCGCGACCAUCACGCCUGAUGAGCAGCGUGUGGAAGAGUUUAAGCUCAAGAAAAUGUGGCUGUCGCCAAAUGGCACAAUUCGUAACAUUCUCGGAGGCACUGUGUUUAGAGAACCAAUUGUCAUUCCACGGAUACCCCGCCUUGUUCCGGGCUGGAAGAAACCGAUUGUGAUCGGUCGUCACGCCCAUGGUGACCAGUACCGCGCACAGAACAGAGUCAUUGAAGGACCAGGCAAGCUUGAAAUGGUGUACACGCCCAAGGGUGGUGAGCCUCAAAGAACGCUGGUCUUUGAGUUCACCGACAAGCACGAGGGAGGUGUCGCUCAGACACAGUACAACACCGUCGAGAGUAUCAAGGGCUUUGCACACUCCUCGUUCAAGCACGCACUCUCGCUCAACUACCCUAUGUACAUGACCACCAAGAACACCAUCCUGAAGGCCUAUGAUGGCAAGUUCAAGGACAUUUUCCAGGAGAUCUACGAGAAGGAUUACAAGAAGGACUUCGAGUCUAAGGGUCUGUGGUACGAGCACCGUCUUAUUGACGAUAUGGUUGCUCAAAUGAUCAAGAACGAGGGCGGCAUGGUCAUUGCCAUGAAGAACUACGAUGGUGAUGUUCAAUCCGACAUUGUAGCUCAAGGAUUUGGCUCUCUGGGUCUCAUGACAUCCGUUUUGGUUACUCCAGAUGGCAAGACGUUCGAAGCUGAGGCAGCACACGGCACUGUCACUCGCCACUACCGCGAGCACCAGAAGGGCAAUCCUACCUCGACGAACCCCAUCGCCUCCAUCUUCGCCUGGACACGAGGUCUUGCCAAGCGUGGAGAGCUCGAUGGCACACCAGAGGUGGUCAAGUUCGCCGAGAGCUUGGAGGAGGCAUGCAUCCAUGUUGUCGAAGAGCAAGGGAUCAUGACCAAGGAUCUGGCGAUCAGCUGUGGCAAGAAGAACGAUUACGUGACAACCACGGAAUAUCUCGAUGCUGUUGAGAAGAGAAUGCGUGCUGUGCUCAGCUCGAAGUUGUAG